UGUCAUUGGUGGAAGUGAUUUGGCCGUGGAACGUUUUGUUACAGUUCUUACUUCACCGUUCGAGAGCGAACUCUGGCAGGUUAACCCAGGAGAGUCGGCGGUUCCCUGGCUCCCAGUCCCUGCUAGACGGUCCAAUAGCCAGCAGAACCCCCACUCUACCUCCUGUCCCAGGAUCCUACAACAACUCAAGGUCCAGGGGCCCCUCCCCCACUCCUUUAAAGGAUUCCAAGAGCUGAAGGUACAGGGGCCCCUCGCCCCGUGUGUAUAGGGAACCAGCACAGGGACCCCCAUUUAUUCACAAAUCAGGAGAUCCCAGGCCCUGGGCACACACUAUUUAAAGGGCCAUCGAGAACCCAAGGAGCUCACUGGUCUCUAGUUUCCUCUUCCUCUUUUACCUACUUGGAUUUAGGAGUCAAGAUGAUGAACCCUGGGAUUUCCUUCCACAACCCCCCAGCGCUUAAUCAGCCAUCAGUGCCACCACCUCCACCUCAGCAGCAACAGUACAAGUCUGCUUUACCCAUCAAGAAGAAUGCCAUCACCGAUGAUUACAAAGUAACCAACCAAGUGCUGGGAUUGGGCAUCAAUGGGAAAGUCCUUGAAAUCUUCAGCAAGAAGACUGGGGAAAAGUUUGCUCUGAAGAUGUUACAGGACUGUCCGAAGGCCCGCAGGGAGGUGGAACUGCAUUGGAGGGCGUCUCAGUGCUCCCAUAUUGUAAAAAUUAUUGACGUUUAUGAGAACCUGUACCAAUCACGCAAAUGCCUCCUUAUUAUCAUGGAAUGUCUGGAUGGUGGUGAGCUCUUCAGUCGAAUUCAGGAUCGAGGGGACCAGGCCUUCACAGAGAGAGAAGCUUCAGACAUUAUGAAAAGUAUCGGAGAGGCCAUACAGUAUCUACAUUCAAUUAAUAUCGCUCAUAGAGAUGUAAAGCCAGAAAAUCUUCUGUACACAUCAAAAAGACCAAAUGCAGUGUUAAAGCUCACUGAUUUCGGCUUUGCUAAGGAAACAACAUCUCACAACUCACUGGCGACACCUUGUUACACACCUUAUUAUGUGGCACCAGAGGUUCUAGGACCAGAGAAAUAUGACAAGUCCUGUGAUAUGUGGUCACUUGGUGUCAUAAUGUAUAUUCUACUCUGUGGUUAUCCUCCUUUUUACUCUAAUCAUGGAUUGGCCAUCUCCCCUGGAAUGAAAAAGCGGAUCCGUAUGGGGCAGUAUGAGUUUCCAAACCCAGAGUGGUCGGAAGUCUCCGAUGAAGUGAAGCAGCUGAUUAGAAAUCUCCUGAAGACUGAUCCAACUCAGAGGAUGAGCAUCACAGAAUUCAUGAACCACCCAUGGAUAAUGCAGUCCAUGCAGGUGCCACCUACUCCUCUUCACACCAGCCGUGUCUUGAAGGAAGAGAAAGAUUUGUGGGAAGAUGUUAAGGAGGAGAUGACCAGUGCCCUCGCUACCAUGCGAGUAGACUAUGAACAGAUCAAGAUAAAGAAGAUUGAAGACUCUUCCAACCCUCUCCUGCAAAAGAGGCGAAAGAAAAUAAGCCCUGAUGUUGCCACUCACUGAUCUUGCUCUUCUCUUCCUUUUGUAACAAAUGGUGCCAAUCAUGCCAGCUCAGUGUUAACUGUACACGCGGCUUGUAAAUGCCACACUAAUGAGAGAGCAGAGGAAUGGGUCUCUUGGACGGGUUUCCAGAAUGGGACUUAAGAUUUUUGUGCUUCUGUACGUCAUGUUUAGUCUGGAAGGUUUUAUGUUAAUUUUGUACUUUUUUUUUUUCUUCAUAUCCUUUAAAGAUUUAAUUGUCUCUCUCUUUUUUUUUUUUUUCCAAUUUUAGAGGAUAUUCGCAAUAUAUUUUAUAUGUAAAGUAUUUUUAAAAAUGGCACACACUUGCGGCAUACCCAAAAGGGGAAUUUGAUCUACACUGCAAUAUUCCUUACAUUUUACUACUAAUACACCGUGGUACAACAUGCAUGUGCCAUUUGUACAUGCA